AGAGCGUCACAGACUCCGAGAGAAGGGCUCUCCAGCCACUCGCCGAGGAGCGGCUUUAUCGUCACUGACGGCACAGACAGAGCGCACUGGACUGCGCAGAGGAUGGCACAAGAUAUAUGCGCCGUAAAGAAUUUUGCCACUUAAUGAGGGAUAUCUGAAAUAAAUCUUUAAAAGUAAGGAGGCAUUUUAUUUGCAGGCUUCUGCAGAUGCAGUUUACUCGGGAAGCAGACACUUGGUGAUACUUUUAACUUGGAUAUACUUUGAAUGUUACCGAUGGAUUUCUUAAACGAUUCAAAUUUUUCCCUCGGAGACACUAAUUCAACAAUAACAGCUGUAGAUGGGGCCCUUCACUGCAGUGCUGUCCUCCCAGUCAUCUUUGGCAUCAUCUGCUUUCUAGGUAUCAUAGGAAACUGUAUUGUCAUCUACACCAUCAUGAAGAAGACCAAGUGUCGCACAAAGCAAACUGUCCCAGACAUCUUUAUUUUAAAUUUGUCAAUUGUUGAUCUCCUGAUUCUCCUUGGGAUGCCAUUCCUCAUCCACCAGCUGCUGGGCAACGGCUCCUGGCAUUUUGGAGCUGCAAUGUGUACGGUCAUCACUGCGCUUGACUCCAAUAGCCAGAUUGUCAGUACUUACAUUCUCACUGCAAUGACCUUUGACCGUUACUUGGCUACUGUCCAUCCCAUACGCUUCAACUACAUCCGCACACCGUGUGUGGCAACGCUGGUCAUCGGCCUGGUGUGGUCGCUGUCUUUGCUCACCAUCAUCCCUGUGUGGAUGUACGCAGGCCUGAUGCCUCUGCCAGAUGGCCUGGUGGCUUGUGCUCUCCUUCUGCCUGAUCCAGUCACCAACACAUACUGGUUUACACUUUACCAGUUCUUCUUGGCAUUUGCUAUACCUUUGGCCAUCAUCUGCCUUGUGUUCUUCAAGAUCCUCCAGCACAUGUCCACCAGCGUGGCACCACUGCCUCCACGGAGUUUGAGGGUGCGCACCAGGAAGGUGACCCGGAUGGCAGUGGCCAUCUGCUUGGCUUUCUUCAUCUGUUGGGCCCCUUACUACAUCCUUCAGCUGGUCCAUCUAGGGGUGCAGGAGCCAAGCCUGGCUUUCACCUACACCUACAACAUAGCCAUUAGCAUGGGAUAUGCUAACAGUUGCAUCAACCCAUUCCUCUACAUUAUCCUCAGUGAGACCUUCAAGAGGCAGUUUCUCAGGGCUGUACGCCCGGUUAAUAGGAAGUUCCGUGUGAACCCGAGCACCACAGAUGGUGGCAGUGUCAGCGUGAGAAUGAUACCUGAAGGGGCUCAGCAGGAGCAUGCCUCUGAGGAGAUUGUACCACCCAAUGGUGCCCCACAAUGA